AUGGAGAAACUAAGAAAUAGGAAAAGUAGAGCAGUAUGGCAGAAUAAAUCAGAAAGUGUUAACCCUUAUGCAAAUGCAAAUUUAAAUCUAGGUAGAACAGAGACCAAUAGAAGUUAUGUCAAUUUCAAUAAUAUACAACAACAACAACAAAAUCAACAACAAUCAGAUUUUUUAAAUCCAAAUCAAAUUUAUUCAAAUAAUCAAUAUAAUAACAGUAAUAAUAGUCUACUACGUGUGCCAACUUCAGAUGCAGCAAGAAAUAAUAGAAGGAUGAGUAUUCAUCAAGCAGCUCAACAACAAAGAAAAUCAUCAUAUGCUGAGAACAAAUUUGAUACUUCAAAUGCUCCACCAUUGCCCAGAUUAGAUUCUAAACCUUUAACUAUUGAACAAAAAAUCAUAAAUGAAUUAGGCCAGGGGUCAGCUGCUGAAGUUGAUGAUUAUUAUAAAUCUUUAGUUAAACAAAAACAAUUGAUUGAUCGAGACAUAAAAGAAAAUAUAAAUCAGAAUCAAAAGAAUAUAUUGGAAUUAACUAAAGACCUAAAAGAGACUAAAGAGGAAUUGGAUAAUAUGAGAACUACCACUAAAGAUAUGUUUGAAUUAUUUGAUGAAGUUAAAGAUUCUGCAGAUAGAAGAUUAAAGUUAGAAUAUGAUACCCCUCAACAACAACAACAGCAACAGCAACAACAACAAAGACAAAGACAAAAUAACAGUAAAGAUCGAUCAUCUAUCUUAGUUCUAGAAAAAAUGUGGGCAAAAGAAUUACAAUCAUUAUUUAAACAUGUUGAUGGAGCUUCAAAAUUUAUACAACCAAUUCCUGGUAGACAUGUAUUAGCCGAGAGUGGAAGAUGGCAUGAAGUUAAUCCAGGGACUUGGAAACCAAAUAAUGCAGGUCAUUUAUUUAUUCUAAAUGAUGUGAUCUUGAUAGCUACUAAAAGAAUAGUUGAUUCAUCAGGUGGUAAAUCUAAUAGGUUACAAGCUAUACAAUGUUUCCCACUAACUCAUGUUACAUUAACUCAAAUCAAACCACCCAAAGAUGAUUCAUUGUAUUUUAUCAACAUCAAAACUAAAUCCUUGAGUUAUGUUUAUCUGACUGAUAGAUAUGAUCAUUUAAUAAAAGUAACUGAAGCUUUCAACAAGGGGAAAAACGAUAUGGUACAUAAUCAAAGAAUAAUAAAUGGAUCAAGAAAUUCAGAAGAUGCAAAUGAAUCCAAAGAUGAAAAACGACAACUUAGAGAAAGUAUAAGAAAUUCAGGCUCACAUGAAGAUGAGAAAAGAGUAAGUGGUGGUCAUAAACGUAAUUCAAGUGAAUUUUUAUUACAUGAUAUAAGUGCAAAAGUUCAUUCAAGAAAUAGAUCACAUGAUUUUGGUAAGACUACAAAUCUAACACCUAAAAAGUCACAAUUUUUCAACGAAAUCAAACAAUUGGAAGAUAAAUUAGAUGAAGUUGAUAUUGAUAUUUCACAUAAUGAAAUUCCUGAUGCUGUUUCUUUAUUAAUUCACAUUGAGAAAAAAUUACUUAAGAUAGAAAAUUAUGUAAAGACUUUAGACUUUGAUGAACUUUUAUUACUUGAUGUAUCCAAAAUCAAGAUAUUUAAUAGAAAAGAAGAUAUAAUUAAAAAUUUAUUAUUUGAUUUACAAAAUAAUAUUUCAAAAUUAAAACAACAUGAAAUUGAAUUGAUAAUGAUAGUAUUUGAUAAAUUAGAUCAAUUAGAAACAGGAGUUCAAUCAUACCUUGAAUCUACCUCAUUAUAUUUAUCCAAAACAGUCUCAAAAUUAAUAGUUGGUCUACAAGGUUCAACAAAAGUUGACGUUAUAAAUUACUUAUCCAAUUUAAUGGUAAUAAACGUAUCAAUAGUUAAAAGAACAGUGUUAACAUAUAAUGAAAAAAUAGAAAAAAUAUUAAAUAAAAGUGAUUCAAAUUAUAUUGAUUCUUCAGGAUUAAUAGAUUGGUGUAUAGAAGAAUUUCAAAAAUUAUUUAAACAAAUUAAAAAACAUUUAUAUGGAACUUUAUUAAUUUUUAAUGGAUCAGAUUAUCAAAUUAAAGAUGAAAUCUUAUAUGAAGAAUUUAAAAGAGUUGUAAAUUUACAACUUGAUGAAUUAAAAAUAGUUGGUUUAAAUGUUGAUUAUAUAUUUGCACCAAUUUUAAAUCUCAAAUAA